AUGGAUCACGCUUGGUUAGAUUCCCUGUCCGAGGACUGGAUCUCCCAGCCGGAGAGCGACACGUCGGCUGGCAAGCUGCCGCCUCUGACCGGUGCCACUCACGCCAAAGCAGCGCCACGCCCGGAGCCCCAGAGCCGCAUCCCGCAAAGAAUCGGAAGGUCCUCUCUCAUCUCGGAGCGCAACAGCAGCCCUUUGGUCCUCAAUGAGCGCAGCGUCAACGAGUCACACAUCUCGGGUCGCCGCCUGUUGUCGAGGGAGAGCAAGGCGUCGACGGGCGACGACGCCGGCCAAUCUCCCCUGGCCGCGACCAACGGAUCCGUCAUUCGCAACAGCGUCCAGCACCACUCUUCGUCCACGCGGCAGUCGGAAACGCCCGAGUGGAAGCGACGCCUCGUUCACGGCAAGAUUUCCUACGGGGAGCAGCGCGAUCUCUUCUCGUCCGCUGCCGCCGGUCUGCAAGACAUAUUCAAACCGCCUCCGUCGAGCGAAGAUGCUGUCGAGCAGUCGCAGACCACUCUGCCAUCGAGCCCGCCGCUUCAUUCGAACUUGGAUAUCGACGCCGACCUGGAGCGAUAUGUUGCUUCGGUAGAUGACGACGAAUCCACCGGCCAAGGAGCUACCACGCCCAGUCCAAGCCCCCGCAGGCCGCAGCGCGAAAUCAAAUACAGGCUGAACGUUGGUGACUUGUCGUCUUCAACGGUCGAGGACUCCGGCCGUUGCGCUGCGCCGCAAGACGGAGCGGGCCCAUCGAGAAAGGCAAGCGGCCAGAGCGAUAUUCGAAACGAAGACUUCAGCCCCAUCUUGAUCGGCAAGCACAGCGAACAGGGGGGGGUGAUUGACUUUGCGCCAAUCGAUGUGCCCGUGGAGCAGCUGCACCACAAGCUGGAGCGCCUGCAGAUCAACCAGAUGCUCAUGGGCUCGCUGAUUGAUCCUCAUACGGGCUUCGAAGCCACUGAGGAUGCAGCUGCCAACGCCGAAUCGACCGACGCCUACAUGCGCAAGGGGGGGUUCAUCAACCUGCAACGAGGCGGGAGGUCAGGGGAUGGUUCAUUCUACAACCGCGGCCUGAGCUCAGACCUGGGCGCAGACACUUCAGAAAUGCUGCCCGAAGAAUCGCUACAAGCGAGCACUCCUAAGCAGUUCCCGACAGUUCGCACACAGGCAAGUCUGCCGCGUCCCAGCAUCCACUUCUCGCCCAGUCCGUCCCUACCUCGCGCGCCAUUCCCAAGCCCCGACAAGCGGCAGGUCAGGCAAGACUCUGGGGACCAGCCCGGCGGCAGUCCCUUGAAGCUCUUCGGCCCUUACGAUACCUUUACGAACCAGACUCUGCUUCGGCGCAUCAGCCAGUUCGAGGAGGCUUCCGGCAGCCCCUCGAGGGCAUCCUUGAAUUCUCCCGAGCAGGAGUCUCCACGGCCGCCUCGAGAUUCUAGCAGUGGAGGGUCGCCAUCUCAGUGCACGCGCGCCUUCAGUCGGUUUGGCGGUGGGGAUUUGGAUGGAUACGAAUUCGCAGGAGACGUAGAGUACCAGUCGGGCGAAGAUUCAGAGGUCCGCGACAAGGAAAAUGUCGCGCCGCUUCCAGCCCUGGCCACUUUUCCGUCACUCCAGCCACCACGAGAGCUGUCGCCGGUCCGCGAACCAGAGCUAUUCGUCCGCAGGAGGCGGAAUCAGAGCCUCAGCCAAGGUGUCAACCCUGCUAGCUCAACAAGAGCACCUCCUCAUAAUCUUCCAACCAUUGCUCUUCCCACUGGAGGACCGGCAUCGGCUAUGACGCCGAAGCGCGACGGCGACUCGGAGGGAAAGCGGCCGAGAACCUCCCCAUCAAAGGACCCGACCCCGAAGCGCCGGCGGACCCUGCACCGGUCGGAUGUGGCCUUUGGGCGCGAGCGUCACUUGGCCGCCGUCGACUCUGCCCAUCGGCACAUGCAGUCCAUGAUGGGCAAGAAGCGCAAGGAUGCUCAGCCUGGCGACGUUGAGCCGACGGACCCCAGCGCCCCGCCCUCGCGCUCCAUUCUUUGGCCUCGCGACAGUACCACUCCUAGCCCGGACUCGUCACAGGAUGAGGCCCUGGCAGGCUCGCUUCUCAGGGCCGCACAGAACAACAGGCCGUCUUCGUCAAGCGACAACGGCUCCAAGGCUAAGAGACAGCCGUCCAUCAGAACCCAGGAUUUCGUCGACCAAGCCGCCCAGAUCAUGGCCAUGAUCCGGAGCCAAGUGAGGCCGGGGCUGGCGAGCCUCGAAGAAUCCGAGGCCGAGUAUGACGGCGCGAGGUCCCAGCCGUCAUUGACGGAUUCGUACCAAGAGUCCACCAACGAGCCGCUCUCCCGGCCGCCGAGCCGAGAGGGUAAGCCGUUGCCCAGGAUCCCCCAGCGCCAAGAAGACCCAGAGCUCAUCAAACGGCUAGAACAGUAUCAAGAGCAGAGCGACACGGGCGACGUCAUUUCUUCGUCUCUGCGAUCCUCAAACCCCCUCAUGUCCAGAACACAAGAGUUUGACGAAACGCACGACGGGUAUGGCUCUACCGGAAACGACAGGCCGAUUCACGCCUAUGACAACAUCAUCACCGACCUUCCCAAUGUUCGGAUCACCCCAAGCCAAGCUCCGAAUCAUGGGUCUUUGGGAGCUACCAAAGACUUCUCAGGCGACUCAACAGGCAGGUCGACCAGCAGAACAUAUCCCACGACAUCGUCUCGAGGCUCGGAGUCUCGCAGGACGAUUAUGCCGGAGAGCGUUUCGCAUUUGAUCCCCGACAGAGUGGGAGGUAUGUACUUGGACAAGCAGCACAACAUCUGGAUCAAGAGGAAGGACUCGAAGUCCGCCUCUCCAGUCAAUGUGCUGCCUUCUGACGACAGCGAGGAGGAUCCGUUUGCUAGUAUCCCGGAUCUCUCUGUCGACAUAACCAAGGAGCUACGUAAUCUUCGACUUGCUACGUCUCAAAAGGAGUCUGUGGCUGACCAACCGGAACUGGAGCGCUCGCCCCGGAGCCCGCUAAGCACGCAGGAGCGACCAGGUCCGCACAUGGCCUCGGCCGCGAGAGAGCAGCUGGGCAGGCUCGGAAGCCUUGGCUCGGCGAGCCCGACAGCCUCGCUCGAAGGAGCGGGUCGAGACAGUGGCGCCAGGCGGCGGAAUCUCACCAUUUCGUUUUCUUCGCCCAUUGCAUCCGUCAUUCACGACGUGGUGGCCGAGGACCUGGACAGCCUCGACGACGAUCCUGAUGAGUCCCAGAUUGGGGCAGUCAGGUCUGCGUGGAAACAUGGCCCUCAAGCCAUUUCGUCACGCGCCAAUCUGCACGGCCGGUCCUCAUCGGCUCGUGGGCCGGGCUUCAUGCCACGGCCGGUCUCGCGCAUUGACGAGCAGGACGAGGAGAGCACGGUAGAGAUUCAGCCCGACGAGGAUCGCCGUCACGCCAGUCUGAGCUUCAUCAUCAACCAUACGCCCAACAACGGCAAGCUAUCUGUGCAGCCGGACGAGAGCGCCAUGAUUGGGCGCAACGUGGGGAAGCUUUCAUUGAGCCCCCUGUCCGAGUUCACGCUGGACAACUCGGACCAGUCGUUUGGGUUUGAGGUGAGCUACGUCAUGGGCCGCCGACACAUGGCAACCGGUGAUGGCUCUAAGCGGGUCCUGUCCAUGACGAUACGGGAGCUCGUGGACAAGCUCGGCGAAGUGGAGCCGUACGAGCCGUUCUGGGAGGACAUCACCGAGCUUGACCUCCACGGCAAGCAGCUGGCGAGCCUGCAUAUGCUCGACGAGUUUUGCGGGCGGGUCAUUACGCUUGAUGCAUCGGGGAAUAAGCUCGGACACCUCGACGGCGUCCCGUCGACGGUGCGGCAGCUCAAGGUGUCGCAGAACAUGCUGACAGAGUUGACGUCGUGGGACCAUCUGAUGAACCUGCAGUAUGUCGACGUGUCUGGCAACGAGGUCAAGAGCCUGUCUGCUCUCAAGAACCUGGUUCACCUACGCAGCAUCAGGGCCGACGACAACCAGUUGACGAGCCUCGAUGGGUUUGACUUUCACGACGGGCUGCUCUCUUUGAGGGCUCGCAACAACGCGAUAGAGAGUCUCGACUUUUCGACGGUCAUGCUGGAGCGGCUGACGGAGCUGGACCUGGACGGCAACAACGUCGGCGCUAUCCACAAUCUGGAAAUGCUGCCGACACUGUCGCGGCUGAGGCUCCGGGGAAACCGGCUUCGCCAGCUGACGGUCAAGAGCAGUCUCGGGGCGUUGCGCGAACUCGACGUGAGUGACAACGAACUGACUGAACUGGAUCUCGGCAACUUGCCCAACAUUCGCUCGGUGCAUGCCGACAGGAACCGCAUCCACCGGCUAUCCGGCUUCGAACAAGCCCGCCGCCUGGAUAGCCUGUCGCUUCGGGAGCAGCGAGGCGACUUGCCCCUGGACAUGAGUUUUCUCGCCCGGGCAUACGAGAUUCGCAAGCUAUUUUUGUCUGGCAACUACUUGGGGUCUUUUGAGCCGGCCGUCGACUUUCUCAACCUGCAGCUGCUGGACCUGGCCAACUGCGGGCUGCAGAGGCUGCCAGCGAGGAUGGGCCAACUGAUGCCCAACCUGCGGACGCUGAAUCUCAACUUCAACGCCGUCGCCGACCUCUCGCCGCUGCAGUUUGUGCCGAGGCUGAAGAAGCUGCUUGUGGCGGGCAACAGGCUGGGCGACUCGACGGCGGUGACGCAGCUGCUGACCGAGUUUCCGCACCUGACGCAACUAGACGUGCGAGACAACCCGGUGACACUCGGAUUCUACGCGCCCGUCCAGGUCUUGGUGCCAAGGGACCGGAGUGGCUACGUCGAUCCGUUUACGUUGCCGGACGCUGACGCGGAGAGAGACGAGCUGUUUGCGCGCAGGCUGGACGAGGCGACGAGGUUGCGGCGACGGCUUCAUCAGAUUGUCCUCGUUGCUAGCUGCAGACGGCUCCGCAAGCUGGACGGCCUGGGCGUCCGGCGGCGCGAGGUUCUCGCCAAGGACGACUGGCUGGAGAAGUUGGUGGCCGAGGGCCUGGUGCCGGAGCUCGAGGAGACGCUCGUCGCGCAGUCGGAUGAGUCGCACAGUAAGGGAGGGGCACCGGCUGCAGGGACGCAUCGAGGGGCCGAGGCAGUGCAAACCGUGGCAGCAAAUUCCAAGGUUGCGACCGAGACGAGAAGGCAUUUUGAGCAGCCACGAGGCGUCGCAACCGAGUGCGACGAAAGACAUGAGUCUUGA